GAACAUAAAUAAUUUUAAACUCGUCUUUUAUUUCAGCAUUUUUAUGGGGAAGCUGGGAUUGGGGAAUUAUUGAACGAGAGCAUUACUUCUGGGCAACCACCGUCAGUGGAAAUGGCGCUAAUUCUCACCGGCGGCUCUUCGCUGGCGGGACUGGGGUCAACAACAGCGAAAUGCAGAAAUCGAAGCCCUUUCAGAGUCUUCGCUACUGAAUUUCCGCCUUUUCUUCCCAAGGAAGUGGAGAGAAUCAAAGACCCAUUCGCUCGGAAGCUAGCUAAACGAAUUGAGAGGCUGCCCGUUCAGGUUACCUUUUCUGAGAGAUGUAUCAUGAGUAGCUGUGUGAAACCAUUUGUACAAAGUGUAAUGAGUCCAGUGGUUCUCCUCCAUGGUUUUGACAGCUCCUGUUUAGAAUGGAGAUAUAUGUAUCCAUUGCUUGAGGAGGCUGGUUUGGAGACAUGGGCUGUUGACAUUCUUGGUUGGGGUUUCUCUGAUUUAGAAAGGCUUCCAUCAUGUGACGUGACAUCCAAGCGAGAUCACCUCUAUCAGUUUUGGAAGUUCUAUAUCAAAAAGCCAAUGAUGUUGGUUGGGCCAAGCCUUGGUGCUGCAGUUGCAAUUGACUUUGCUGCCAACCAUCCUGAUGCUGUUGAUAAGCUGGUUUUGAUUGAUGCAAGUGUAUAUACAGAAGGCACAGGAAACCUGGCAAAGUUACCUAGAAUAGCAGCUUAUGCUGGGGCCUAUUUGUUAAAGAGCAUCCCUGUGCGCUUCUAUGCAAAUCGUUUGGCCUUCAAUGGUAUAUCAUUCAGUUCACGCUUAGAUUGGACCAAUGUUGGCCGCUUACAUUGUCUAUUGCCUUGGUGGGAGGAUGCAACUGUUGAUUUUAUGAUUAGUGGGGGUUAUAAUGUCAGCUCUCAAAUAGAGAAGGUAAAACAAAGGACACUUGGCCGUGAUGCAGCGAAGAACAUGUCACUGAAGAAGCACCUGGACAGGACAAAGCAGCGGAUUUGGAUCGACAUUCCUCCAGGCUACACCGCCUCGCUUAACGAUUGGUGCACAUCGUGGACCUGGGAGCUUGGCAUUAUAUGCCGACAGUAUGCUCCAGUCACGACCUUCAGCUGGCCGCAAGUGACUCAAAAGCAGUGCAUGGUUCUUUGCAUGUGCAUUUUGCAUGAUCCCGAUACUAGCGCAGAGGAGUUGCUGCCGGACCUUUAUUUGAGAACACACCAACGACGAUUAGAGGAGUGGUGCGAGGGUGCGUAG